CGACGACGACGGCGAGCCGGUGAAUCGCCCGCCGCCGUUGAUCUGUCCAUCAACGACGGGAUCCGCGCCACCCUUACGGCGGUCAAGCCCUUCGUGUGACUCUGUUGCACCCGAGUCAACACUCCCCGCAGCUGCACGGGUUGCGCGCGCACUCGCUUGCACUUCCGCUCCGUCCAUCCAUGGCGACCACCGCCGCCGCCGCCGUCCUCUUCUUCUCGGUCGUGUUGAUCCUCGCCUCGCCGUUGGUCGCCGCCUCGGCGUCAGCAGCGGGGCAGGCACAGGAGCUCUUGCUCAGCUUCAGGGCCUCCCUCAAGGACACCUCCGGUGCGCUGUCCACGUGGUCGCCGUCCACGCCAUACUGCAACUGGUCGCACAUCACCUGCACCGGCGGCGGCGCCGUCUCGGUGGCGCUCUCCCUCCAGGGCCUCGGGCUCUCCGGCGACAUCGCCGCCGAGCCGCUGUGCCGCGUGCCGGGACUGGUGGCGCUCAGCCUCGCGUCGAACAGCUUCAACCAGACCGUCCCGCUGCAGCUGUCGCGGUGCGCCUCGCUCGUCUCGCUCAACCUCAGCUCCGCCGCGUUCUGGGGCCCGCUCCCCGACCAGCUCGCCAUGCUCGCCUCUCUCACGUCGCUCGACCUCAGCGGCAACGACAUCGAAGGGCAGGUGCCCCCCGGCCUCGCCGCGCUGCGGGGGCUCGAGGUGCUCGACCUCGGCGGCAACCGCCUCUCCGGCGUGCUCCACCCGGCGCUGUUCCGCAACCUCACCAGGCUCCACUUCCUGGACCUGUCCAACAACCAGUUUUUGGAGUCCGAGCUGCCGCCGGAGCUCGGCGAGAUGGGUGGCCUCAGGUGGCUGUUCUUGCAGGGGUCAGGGUUCACCAGCGCGAUCCCUGAAACUCUUCUUCAGCUGGAGCAGCUCGAGUUUCUUGACCUGUCCAUGAACGGCCUCACCGGAGCUCUGCCACCCGCGUUCGGCCACAAUUUUCGGAAGCUUUUGUCUCUCGAUCUGUCGCAGAAUGGCUUCUCCGGGCCGUUCCCGAAGGAGAUCGACAAGUGCGUGAUGCUGCAGAGGUUUCAGGUGCAGGGCAACGGGUUCACCGGUGAGCUCCCCGCCGGCCUCUGGUCGCUGCCGGACUUGCGGGUGAUCCGCGCAGAGAACAACCGCUUCUCCGGCCGGCUACCCGAGCUGCCCACCGGGGUGUCCCGGCUCGAGCAGGUGCAGGUCGACAACAACAGCUUCUCCGGCGGGAUACCGCAGAGCAUCGGCCUCGUCCGCACCAUGUACCGGUUCUCCGCCUCCCUGAACCAGCUCAACGGCAGCUUGCCGGACAGCCUCUGCGACUCGCCGGCGAUGAGCAUCAUAAACGUCUCCCGCAACUCGCUCUCCGGCGCGAUCCCGGAGUUCAGGAACUGCAAGAGGCUGGUGUCGCUGUCCCUGUCCGGCAACGCCCUCACCGGCUCGAUACCGGCGUCCCUCGGCGGCCUGCCGGUGCUGACGUACAUCGACGUGUCCAGCAACGGCCUCACCGGCGCCAUCCCGGCCGAGCUCCAGAGCCUGAAGCUCGCGCUGCUCAACGUCUCCUACAACCACCUCACCGGCCGCGUGCCGCCGUCCCUCGUCUCCGGCGCUCUCCCCGCCGUAUUUCUUGAGGGCAACCCGGGGCUGUGCGGCGCCGGAUUGCGCAACGACGGCUGCGACGCGCCACCGUUGAGGAAUCACCAGGGGCUCGCGUUAGCCGCGACCGUGGCGGCUCUCGCCACCGGCGUGACGCUGCUGGCCGUCGGAGCACUCGCCGUCUGCAGGAGGCUGCACGGCGACACCUCCUCCUCCUCCUCCUCCUCAAACUCCAAGCUGGUGCUCUUCCACCCGAUCAAGAUCACCGGAGACGAGCUCCUCGCCGCGCUCCGCCGCGACAAGAACGUCAUCGGCAGGGGACCAUUCGGCGAAACCUACCUGAUCGAGCUGCAGGACGGGCAACGCGUCGCGGUGAAGCGGCUGAUCAGCUCAGGCAAGCAGACAUUCCGAGCAGUCAAGAACGAAAUGAAAAUCCUGGCCAAAAUCCGGCACAGGAACAUCGCCAAGAUGCUGGGCUUCUGCUACCGCCACGCCGACGGCGAGGUCAGCGUCAUCCACGAGCACCUGCGGAUGGGGAGCUUGCACGACCUGAUCCGCGCGCCGAAAUUCACGCUGGGCUGGAACGACAGGCUGAGGAUUGCGAUCGGAGUAGCGCAGGGGUUGGUGUAUCUCCACCAUGAUUAUGCUCCUCGCUUGCUGCACCGAGAUCUCAAGUCGAGCAACGUGCUGCUGGGCGAUGAGCUUGAGCCCAAGGUGACCGGAUUCGGGGUCGAUCGUGUCGUCGGCGAAGAGGCGUACAGAGCUUCGUUGCGUUCUGAUCUGAAUUACGGAUGCUACAUCGCUCCAGAGGUAAGCUGCACCAAGAAACCAACGCACCUCAUGGACGUCUACAGCUUCGGGGUCAUCCUGCUGGAGCUGAUCACCGGGAGGCCCGCGGAGCAGCCGGCGUCGGACGGCUCGGUGGACAUCGUCCGGUGGGUGUGGCGGCGGGCCAACGUGGCCGACGGCGCGGCGCAGAUACUCGACGCCGGCAUCUCCCGCACGGCGCAGCAGGGGAUGCGGGCAGCGCUGGAGCUCGCGCUGCGCUGCACCUCGGUGAUGCCUGACCAGAGACCGGCCAUGGAUGAGGUCGUCCGGUCGCUGCAGCUGCUGUACCCGCCACACCCCUCGCCGUCACCGGCGCCCUUCACCGGAGUUGCUCUAGGACCUUGAAUGAAACAGUUCGCCGGCGCCGGGGCCGGUUACUUCUGCAUCUGGGAAGGCCCAGGUCGUGCUUUACCAGAGACCAGGAUGGCAACUGUGAAUUUCAGAGUUCAGAGUUCGGACUUGCAUGCCUUGUAAUUAUGCAGGUCUUGCUUGCUUUUCUGUACAUAGCGCGAGAUUCUGAUGUCAUUAGGAGGAGGAAUCC